CCCUUCAUUAUUUGAUAUGUAUUCUUGACUUUAUUCUCUCAAUCUUUCUCUAUUGUUAAUAUACUUUAUAACUUUGCUAGCUAACUCAAAACCGUGUUCUUCGUAACCUCAAACUCCAAUUAUAAGCCAUCCCAAACAUCUCUCUUAUUUUUCAUUCAUUCUCACUACACACACACACACAACAACCAUGUCCAAUUCAAAAUCAGCACACUUUCUAAAAACUCUCACCCUCUUCUUCUUUUUUUUCUCGUGUGUGUCUUCCACAAACACCUUCUUCACCCUACAAUUCAAAGAAGCACCUCAAUUCUACAACUCUCCAAAAUGUCCUUCUCUCUCCGACAACCUAUUAUGCUCCGAAGAAGCUGUCCACGUGGCAAUGACGCUGGACACGACAUACAUCCGAGGUUCAAUGGCGGCGAUCCUCUCCGUCCUCCAACACUCCUCCUGCUCCCAAAACGUCUUCUUCCACUUCGUAUGCUCCUCCCACGCGUCCCUCCUACGCGCCACCAUCGCCACCUCCUUCCCCUACCUCAAUUUCCAAAUCUACCCCUUCCACGACCACCUCGUUUCCGGCCUCAUCUCCACCUCAAUCCGCGCCGCACUCGAUUGCCCCCUCAACUACGCGCGCAGCUACUUCCCCACCUUAAUCCCACGCUGCGUCAAGCGCGUCGUCUACCUCGACUCCGACCUCGUACUGGUCGACGACAUCGCCAAGCUCGCAGCCACGCCGCUGGGAGAACACAGUGUGCUGGCGGCGCCGGAAUACUGCAACGCCAACUUCACCUCCUACUUCACGCCCACGUUCUGGUCCAACCCUUCGCUCUCGCUGACGUUCGCGGAGCGGAGGGCCUGUUACUUCAACACGGGGGUGAUGGUGAUCGAUUUGGAGCGGUGGCGCGUGGGGGAGUACACGAGGAAGAUCGAAGAGUGGAUGGAGGUUCAGAAGAGGAUGAGAAUCUACGAACUGGGUUCGUUGCCGCCGUUUUUGCUUGUUUUUGCGGGGAACAUUGUUCCGGUGGAUCAUAGGUGGAACCAGCACGGUCUCGGAGGAGACAACUUUCGUGGUCUGUGUCGGGAUCUUCACCCUGGUCCUGUUAGUUUGUUGCAUUGGAGUGGGAAGGGUAAACCCUGGGUCAGAUUGGACGCUAAUAAACCUUGUCCUCUCGAUGCUCUUUGGUCACCUUAUGAUCUUUUACGCACCCCAUUUUCUCUCGAUUCUUAAUAAAUAUAUAAAAUCAAAUGUGAAUAUCUUUCUCAACGAAAUUUAGAUGCUUUCUUUCAUCCUUCAAAUUCUACACUUUGAUGUGUUCCACAUGCUUUUAUUGUGCAUGUGUUGAUGAAGGUGAAACUGACACAGUACGAAGAUGUCUGGUAAUGUCUAAAUUUUGUUAUUUUGAUAACAUGGCUGUAAACAGAGAUUAUAAUACGUGAGUCUGUGAAUUUUUCUUUUUACGAUGACGGAGAAUGUGAGAUUAACGUUGUAACAUAUGAUGAGUUUGUGUAUAGAUGAAUAUUAGUUCUGUAAUGAGUUUUGGACGCGUUCUUUUUUGGUUCAUGAUCGAUGAUAAUUGAACAUGAUGAAGAUUUUGUA